UCAGUUUGAUUAAUCGAUUCUUUGAUAAAUCGAUCUCACAUCGCCAUCCCUACAAACACCGGCUAAGAAAAGUGAGACAAGACCACAGCCACAGCAACUCAAUAUUUCAUUGCACAGCACUGCACUGAGCCAAAGCAUCUUUGCAGUAGACAGACAUAGACAACGCUUUUUGUAUCUCGCCGAUAAACGAACGAAAUCUGUUUUUGUGCUUUAUAUCUGUUGUGUUCAGAGCAGCAUCACAUUACAAUGUCGGUUGCUUUUGCUCCACGAGGUAACAGACCUCCGUUAAGCCCUGCACAAAUCCAAAAAAUGUUAGAUGAAAAUGCUCACCUAAUUCAAACUAUACAAGAAUAUCAAGCGAAAGGGCAAUUGAUGGAAUGUCAUCAGUAUCAGCAAGUUCUUCACAGAAAUUUGGUUUAUUUAGCUUCAAUUGCUGAUGCCAACCAGAAUAUACAAAGUAUAUUACCGCCACCUCAUGUGCUUGCUGGGAAUGUACCACAGGGCCCUCUGAACCCACCAUCUAGUGGUGCAGAUGGAUCUGGUCAGCAGCAGUAUCGCCCCCCUGGAGUUUCGACCACACCAACUCGGCCAACACAGUCAUAUGGGCAAAGACCUUACCCUCAAACACCAUACCAAGGACAAUAUCAGGGAACACCUAGUGUCUAUCCACCCCAGGGAGGUUAUGGUCCUCCUGGUCAAGGUUACGGACCACCAAAUCCAUCUCAACAACCACAGGGCUAUCCUCCAAAUUCUAAUUAUGGGCCUCCUAUCACUACAACUCCAAGUAAUUAUCCUCCUUCUUCUCACCCUGGGUCUGGUUAUCCCCCAUCAACUGUUCAACAACCAUAUGCUCCACCUCCUGGCAGCCCCGCAGCUGCUGGGUCUCCCUAUCCUGUUCGUGGUGCAGCACAGCCAGGUUAUACAAGUAAUUCUGCAUAUCCUCCACCACAGUCUGGUUCCAACUAUCCUAAUGUUGGUGUUAGUACUUAUAAUUCUACACCACCUCAACCUCAACCCUAUCAAUCCCAACCAUUUCCCAACGCAACACCCACAUCAGCAUACAGUUCAACUCCAACAUCCCAGCCUAAUCGUUCACCACAACCACCACCCAGUGGAUAUACACCACAAAAUCCUACUAGCUCUGCUUAUGGCUCUCCAUCUGCUCAAUCUCCUACUUACAAUUCCAGUUCUCAUGGCAACAAUGCUCCUCCUUCAACUGUUGCCUCUGGGGCCCCAGCUACCAGUGGGCCCCCUGGACAACAGUACCCCCCCGGUCAACCAUCACCAUAUCCUCCAUCAUCUCAGCCGCCAUAUUCAAAUCCGUCCUCACAACCAGGUAGUCCAGCCCCUUCUGUUUCAACUGCCCCUCCUCCGUCGUCAUAUCCUCAAAAUCCACAAUCUUAUCCCCCAACAGGAGGAUCAUACCCACAACAUUACCAACAAGGUUAUCCUCCUGCACAGUAUCCACCAUCUCCCUACCCAUAUGCUCGCGCUCCUGCUCCAGGGGCUCCACCACCUGGUGCACCACAACCAUAUCCUGGAUAUGGAUUUCAACCACCAAACCAGCAGUAAAAUGACAGAAAUUUGAUUUUAUUUAAACUGUUUAUAACAAGUUUUUAAAUAAUAAGUCAGAAAUCAACAAGUAGUUACUUUGUUUUAUAAUACAUAAUGGUUAAUAUUCAUAAAUGAUAAAUGAAGAGUAUGUACAUGAACAACACUCUUAGGCCCCAAUAAGUUUUAAACUUGUGGCUAGUUGCUUUGCUUGGCAUUGUAUUUCGAUGAAUAAAACUAAUAGGGUAGCUAAGUACUAAUAAGUUAAUUUACACUGAACCUAGUAAAUACCCAUAGGUAAUUAAGCAAAAAUUUUUCUUAAGUAACCUAGGGUUCAUUGCUAAAGAUUUUUUCCUUUAUUUUGAAAACUUUUCCAAGCAUUUAUUUAAUUACUAAUUUAUGUACACAGAAAACAUCGAGAUUGAUUACAUAGGUUCUGUAAAGGGUGACAGGCGUGUUCCCAACACAAUUAUUUAUAGACAAACACAAACAAAUACAUAAAUACUAUUAUAAAAUACAUAAGUAUACAAUAGAUACUUAUGUAUAUUUAUACUAAAUUAGCAAGACUUGACAAGGUAAAAUUGUUUAAUUAAAUUUUAUGAUUUAGUGUCACUUAUCUCGGGAUGCAAUGAGAUUACUUACCUGUUUUUAUUUAAUUAUAUAUAAGAAUAUAUAUUAUGUAGAAUAAUCAGUCUUGCUCGUGUUUAGCUGUUAAGAUUUAUAUUUUAGGCUAGGAAUGUAAUAAAAGGAAAAAAUUGUAAAAAUAAGUGAUAAGUAAAAUUUGAUGACUGAUA